AUGUCAAGAUCCAAUUUCAACUUAAUUGAUAUAGUACGAAUCUUUGGUGGAAUACUACUAUUUAAUGCUAUUUUAUCUUAUUGGUUUACUUCCGACACUACAUGGGGUUAUCACGGUAAAUACAUAAAUUGGAGAUUUUAUAAACACAAAUUACUACAACCUCAACUACAUUUAACAUUAGAUGAACUUUCGGAAUUUGAUGGUAUAAAGAAAUAUCAAAUUUUAUUAGCGAUUAAUGGGAGUGUUUUUGACGUGACAUCAAAUUGGCCUGUAUAUGGUCCAAAAGGAACUUAUCAUAAACUAGUUGCGAAAGAUGCAUCAAGAGUUUUCAUCACUGGAUGUUUUAUGAAACCAGAUGAGUACACUUAUGAUAUGAGAGGAUUGGAUCCAGAAGAGUGUAGAUCUGAUAUCAAGAAGUGGCAAGAAUUUUUUAAAAAUCACGGUAAUUACUGGUAUGUUGGAGAAGUUGAAUUAAAUUUCGAUGUAUUAAAGAAUCGACCUCCACCAGAGCCUUGCGAACAUAUGAAAUUUCCAGGAAUGAGUCAUUAA